UUCAAAUUCAUUUGCAAAAAUAAGUUCUAUCUUUCAUCCAAUCAAAAUAUUCGAAGUGAUUUGUUCAUUGACACGUUCGAAGAGACUCAAAUCUUUUGCUACGCACCACCAAUUCACCCACUAUCGAGGAAAGGGUGCCUGCAGGGGUGGUGACGGGUUUGGAGAUGCGCGCGCAGCUUACCCCCUCUGUCGGCCCCCGUGUAACACGUAAUCGAACUGGGAGCGCCGCGGUUCGUUGUCAGCUCCGUCAUCCGCGAACGACAGGGCCGAAUCGUUGAUGAAACGACUAAACGAAAUAUCUUUAAUAAAUCGGCGAGUGUCUCAAAAACGAACGUAUAACCGUGCCCAAGUGAAAUAUCGUUCGAAUUCAUCCAAUUGUAGUUCCCAUCGAACCUUCAUCGCUCGGCGAAUCAAAGAAGGAAUCUCGCUUUGGUUGCUGCCGGAUAUAGUGACAUAUCGGUGGUGGUGCAUGAGUGCGCGUUGGGUGGAGGUACUUGCGGAGUGAAGGGAGUUUCGUACUUUUCUCCCAUGGUGGCUGGACGUCAAUUAUACUCAGGAGAGAACGUCUUGCAUUGCAAACGACGAUCUCGUAACGAAAGUGAUAGAAAUAUCCGUAUCGUUUCGAUUUUAACGUGAUUAACAAACGCAUCCAAUCUUUCUGAACGAGCAAACAUCAAAGAGUCGAUUGAUUUGAUAAACGUUUCGCGGAGUCGAGAGAGCGGAUCGUGGACACUCGUGCACUCGUGAGGAGUCGACCUAAGUGUAAUUCGUAGUGGUUCGAUGGAGUUGCAAUGGCGCCGAGCGCGACUCCGUCGUGGAGUGACUCGGUUUCGAGUAGAGUAGCCGGUGGUGAUCGAGCGACCGCGAGCCAUUCACGUGAGCCUGCCCCAUGUUACUAGAACCGCCACCUCGUGAUCGAACUGCCGAUACUAUUCCUAUUCCGUAUCCCUCGUACGAAUUCUCUUCUUUCUUGUUUCUUGGUGAAUCGGCCGCCCAUCAUGAAAAGGAUCCGCAAGAGGCAGCCGCAGAAGAUCAGGGGCCGGUCGCGCGAGUGACAGUGCGUGCAUGUGCGACAAUCGUGCGGUGGUGGCAAAUUUCCAGGUGAUUUCUCGAUUUCUCGAUAUAUAUCGAGAUCGAUCGUGCCCCUUAUCCUCGUCGAAGGGACGAUUAUUCCCUUCGACGAUCCGUUCACGACACAGCGAUCACGCCACCGAUCGCGCCAUGCCGUGGAUAACGCGAUACUACGCGAUACGACGCUUCGUCACGGAUUGAUCGUGACGAAAAUUAAGGACAAAAGAGAAAAAGAGAGAGAGAGAAGAGUGAACGAAAAGAAAAAGAAGAAGGAAAUAGAGAAGGAGGGAGAAGGAGGGAGAACAGGAGGUAGAAGAGGAAAGGAAAGGAGCGAGAGACCGAUACACUGGCUGGGUGGGUGGGCGGGUGGCGGAAGAGGAAGUUUGGAGGAAGUUCCUUGUCGGCAAACCUGUUUUUCUAGGAUAAUCUAGCCAACCUGGCGGACCAGGAGGAAAGUGGCUCGACGAUGCAGGGCAAGGAGAGCCCCGUCGGGUCCAACACCCAGGAGACCCAUCAAUAUGUUGGUCCUUAUCGACUGGAAAAGACCUUGGGAAAAGGGCAGACCGGAUUGGUCAAGCUUGGGGUCCACUGUGUGUUGGGCAAGAAGGUGGCAAUCAAGAUCAUUAAUCGAGAAAAAUUGUCGGAAUCCGUGCUGAUGAAAGUGGAACGAGAGAUAGCCAUUAUGAAAUUGAUCGACCAUCCUCAUGUACUCGGCCUCUCAGAUGUAUACGAGAACAAGAAAUAUUUAUAUCUUGUUCUGGAACACGUUUCGGGCGGAGAACUUUUCGACUAUUUAGUGAAAAAGGGUAGACUAACGCCAAAGGAAGCGAGGAGAUUUUUUCGACAAAUUAUCUCUGCAUUAGAUUUUUGUCAUAGUCAUAGUAUAUGUCACAGAGACUUGAAGCCUGAAAAUUUGUUGUUGGACGAGAAGAAUAACAUUAAGAUAGCGGAUUUUGGAAUGGCGUCGCUGCAACCUGCCGGGUCCAUGCUAGAAACUAGCUGCGGUUCUCCUCAUUAUGCUUGCCCUGAAGUUAUUCGAGGUGAGAAAUACGAUGGGAGGAAGGCGGACGUCUGGUCGUGUGGAGUGAUACUUUACGCGCUUCUGGUAGGCGCGUUGCCCUUCGACGACGACAAUUUAAGAAAAUUAUUAGAGAAAGUGAAACGAGGCGUGUUUUACAUACCCCACUUUGUGCCGCCCGAGUGUCAAAAUCUGCUCAAAGGGAUGAUCGAAGUUGAUCCGGACAAGAGACUUACGCUGGCGGAGAUAAACAGGCACGUGUGGGUGACGGCGGCAGGCAAGGGAGAAUUAGAGCUAGAGCUGUCGAUGAUGGACGUGGUGCAGACGCACGUUAUUCCGUCCGUGGAGGCAAUCGAUCCGGACGUGUUGCAAGCAAUCGCGAGCCUAGGUUGCUUCAAGGAACGGGACAAACUCAUCCAAGAACUUCUCAGCCCGAAUCACAACACGGAAAAGGUAAUAUACUUUCUACUAUUGGAGAGAAAACGGAGAAGACCAGCUUGCGAGGAUGAACUGGAAGUAAUGAGAGGAGGUAUGAGGGGUUCUGCAGGACAAUUGGAAGCGGAUCCACCGAGGAAACGAGUGGACACCUGUCGUGUGAACGGUAGCACGGCUUUGAAUCUUGGCGAAAUUAGUCAUGGUUCACCUCUAACACCCAGAAGACAGUCGAGUACCAGACAUCACGCGCGUCGUUCGCCAAGCACCGGAUGUCACACACACGCGUCACAUUCCCACGCAUCAACACCAGGCAGCUCGCCAUUGCACGGCUCGAAUGCUGUCGCAGGACUGCUCAGUCCUCACAGAACUCCUCCAACCUCGCAUCUAGGCCAGACAGGAAGCCCUCACAGGUUGUCAACAGUGACAACCGCCGCGGGCAACGGAAACACUACUACGCCGCCAGUCGUCGCUCCUGUCGCUGCUCUACCCAACGUGGGAAUAGAAAUAAACAAUGUCCAGCAGGUAGUUGCGGUCGGUGUUACACCGCCAGGCUCUCCCCACACUGGCGCCGGUUCAGGUGCCCAUCAUUGGCGAUCAAGGCUCAAUACUAUCAAGAACUCCUUCCUUGGCAGUCCUCGAUUUCAUCGGCGCAAAUUGCUCACAAGUGCCGAGGAGGUACAUCUCACUCCGGAUUCCUCUCCAGAACUUACAAAGAAAUCAUGGUUUGGUAGUCUAAUGACCACGGAGAAAGAUGAAACAUUCACCAUUCUCGUAAAAGGAAAAGUAUUAGCAAGCGUCAAAGCCGACUUGAUACAUGCUUUUUUAUCGAUAGCAGAGUUAUCUCACAGUGUAAGCUCACCCAUGUCCUUCAAAGUGGAAUACAAGAGGGGUAGUACAGCGCCGGCCAUGUUUCAAAGACAAGUCCGUUUUCAAGUAGACAUCAGCGCCAUAUCAAAACAGCCAAGUGAACCAUUGUUUGCCAUUACUUUUACUCUUUUAAGCGGAAACAUUCGAAGAUUUCGAAGGGUUUGCGAACACAUUCAGGCACAAGUCUGCUCAAGGAAUGUAGGAAUCAAUUUGGGAGGGCAGAGCCGUGCAGCGCCACCUAGUCCACGAGCAUCACGAAAAUUUACCACAGAGAUGAGCGAAAGUUCCAGCUGUGGAAGCGAUACUAGCGAACGGUUAUUUCUCAGCCCGCAUCCAGCUACCAGACAGGUAGUCUGUUUCAACAAGUUACCAAAGAUCGACUCGGAUAUAGAGUCGGAUACAUCCGUAUUCGACGUGAAGUCACCGACCCGUGAAAAUGGCCGCAGAAGUUCGACCUCGACGAACAAUAACAAUCCGUUACCGGGCGACACGACCCCUACACCGGGGAGUCCGACGAAAGCGGUGCGCAGCAACUCGGAGAGUCAGAACACGCCGGAAAAAAAAUGCGUAACCACGAUGAGCGGCAACAACAUAGCGUGAUACUAUCAGAAUUUCCGUUUCGAGUUUCGAUCAAGUUUGAAGAACUUGUGGGACAGCGCCCAGAGAUUCUGGUGAAAUCCCUCGUCCGAUCAAAGAAACGAUCCGAGGAACUAACCUUGAAAUAAUGCUUCGACUCAGGAUAAACUUCAAUGAGGCAUUGAGCUAUCGAUCCGAGCAACAACAAUGAGGAAAACACGCAAUACGAGAGGCACAGAGGUUGGAAAAGAUAUUCAUUUCAAGAAGGUCAUAAAAAUAUCUUGACUUUUUUUUUUUUUUCAACGACGUCAAAAGCGACCGAGAGAGAAUUUUGAAAAGGGAAACCAGUGAUAAACGUUCCUACGAACGAGAAAUAUCCAUUUAUAUAAAGAAGGAACAAAGUCCAGAUCUGAGGAAAUUCCAGAUUGAGGAAGCACAAAAUGCGAUUCAAAAAAAGGCGGAGAGAAGUUUGUGCUGCCACGCAAAUUGUUCUGAUUAUUUCAUUGCAGUGAUCGCACAGUGAAUGUGUGUAAUGAUCAAUGUUUUGUCGCGGGAAUCAUAGUACAGUUUUUUUUAUCUGAAAGUGAAGUGCAAUAGUGACGUUUGUACCGUCGGAUCAUAGAUAAGAAUGGUUUAUCGGUACGUAUUAUACUUGUUGUACAUCGCUAAUUAGCGAUCUCGUUUUUAUCAUUCCAUUUAAGAAAAAGCCUGAGAAGUUGAAUAGACAUUGAUUAUUUUACAUUGUGCGAAGGAACUUUUAAUAUACAUUGCUGAUAAGUUAGCAGCUGAAAUGGAA